GUGUUUUUUUUAACAUACUCCAAAAUUCGAUCAAAAUUCAAACUGAAAUGCACAGCUAACCAAAUCCAGCAGACUCCAAACAUACGCAGGGAAAUAGAGAGACAGAAACAGGGGCGAAAUACAAGGAAGAUGGAACGCCUAUCGAUCUCAGCUCUGGGCAUGGCCAUAUUGUUUCACUCGGUGAUGGGUGUCUCCUACUACUUUCUGUUGGCCCGUUGCUCACCGGCCCCUUUAUUGGGCAGUUGGCUGUUCGUUGCCUGCAUCGGGGCCGUGUUGCAGGCGGUGCACGUAUUUCCGCAGUGGUGCCGCAACUGUUCGGCAUUGUUCCGCCUGACAAUGGAGAUGGCUGUUUGCUGCAUAACGCUGGAUCUGAUGCUGACCAAGUUGUGGUGUCGCAUCGAGUCGUUGUGUCACUGUGCCAUCGUUGGAAUACUGCAGCAUCUGGUCACCGACGCUCGCACCUUUGCUUCCUGGGAGUAUUGGAUGUUGGGUAUAACCACCAGCAUUAUUGGCUGCUGUCUGCUCUGGUUCACACUUUGGGCCACCGCAUUGCCAAGUAAAUUGCAACUUAGCUUUAUCAGUUGGCAGCAAAAUGUCACACGUUCAGUAAGACAAAAUAUUUGCCAAUUGGCUUUCGGAUCGGAGGAGCUACAGAACAGUAACUCCCCACGGCUCGAGGAAAGUCAAGUGAGCUUUACUAGCUGAGGGCAGCAGACUGAAGACUGGACACUGGACACUGGAUGACAACUGGACAACUGGAAAACGUCCCGGAUAUUGCUGCAAAUUUAACAAACAUCUUUUCAAUCAAUCAACCAUUGCACACUGGAGCAAAAUCUAAGAGAGAGGCCAUACAACAUUUCCUUAGUUUAAUUCGUCAUCUCUUUUGGUUACUUAUUCAAAUUUUGUCUUCAAAACAAAUAUGUACACGUAUGGCAGUGCAUUCGCUUCGUGAUGGAAUACCAUUUGGACAAAUUGUAAUAAUGUAAUAAUUUUUAAUAAACUGAGCCUCAAAUAUAUUUAA